ACGGUGCUAUGCCCCGCCCUCUAGCGGUGGUCCAGAGUUUUGCUCAUUGAUCUCUUCUUCUCCAGCACCCGGAGGAAACCGCAUCCGCAGUGGGCGCUCCAAGGGGCUGGUUGGGCGAAGCAAGCGCCACGGGAAGGUCGCUCUCCCUUUGUCAUGGAAAGGAAGCUGGCCCGGGAAUUCAGGCACAAGGUUGACCUCUUAAUCGAUAAUGAAGCAGAGAAAGAUUAUCUGUAUGAUGUACUGCGGAUGUACCACCAAUCAAUGAAUCUUCCAGUGUUGGUUGGUGAUCUGAAGUAUGUAAUCAAUGAACCAAGUCGACUACCAUUGUUUGAGGCCAUUUGUCCUCUUAUCCCAUUAAAACACCAAGUGGAAUAUGAUCAGUUGACACCUAAACGAACAAGGAAACUGAAGGAAGUGAGAUUGGAUCGUCUGCAUCCCGAAGGCCUUGGAAUAAGUGUGCGAGGAGGUGCUGAAUUUGCUUGUGGCCUGUUUAUUUCACAGCUAAUAAAAGGAGGACAAGCAGACAGUGUUGGACUUCAGAUGGGAGAUGAGAUCGUUCGAAUAAAUGGAUACUCUAUUUCCUCAUGCACUCAUGAAGAAGUCAUCAAUCUUAUACGCACAAAGAAAACAGUGUCUAUAAAAGUGCGACAUGUUGGGAUGAUACCUGUCAAAAGUUCCCCAGAUGAGCCUCUCAAGUGGCAAUAUGUAGACCAGUUUGUAUCUGACCCUGGGGAUGGCCAAAACAGCAUUGCAGGUCUUGCAUCAUCUGGAGGAAAACUUAAUAAAGAAAAGAAAGUUUUCAUUAGUCUAAUUGGUACAAAGGGCAUGGGAUGCAGUAUUUCCAGUGGCCCUACACAAAAACCUGGCAUUUUCAUAAGCAACGUUAAACCAAAUUCUUUGUCUGCUGAAGUAGGGUUGGAGGUUGGUGAUCAGAUUGUUGAAGUAAAUGGUGCAGACUUCUCUAAUAUGGAUCAUAAGGAGGCUGUGAAGGUGUUGAAAAGCAGUCAAACCCUGACAAUUACUGUUGUAACUGGAGCUGGCAAGGAACUGUUUAUGACUGAGGAAGAGAGGCAAAGGGAAGAAUGUAACCGGGAGUUGGAGCGCCAAGAGUUAAUGCGUCAGAAGUGGCUUGCCCUGGAAACCAACAAAAUCCUGAAAGAACAGCAAGAAAAAGAAAAACUGCGGAAAAUGGAGAUUGCACAGAAGGCUACUGAGGAAGAAGAACGAUAUCGUAAAGAAAUUGAACAGAUAAAGGCAGAGGAAGAGAAGUUCAAAAAGCAGUGGGAGGAAGACUGGGGUCAUAAAGAAUCACUAAAUGCUGCCAAAACUGUAAUUGCAGAAGUACAUUCGCCACCUCGUCCUAAACAUCGCUAUUUAGAGGAAACUGCAUUUGAUCAGUCUACAUCAAAUGAUACAACUGGAUUGAAGCUGAAGGAAAGCCAACAGGGUUUCCAGAAAUAUGUGGAGGACUUUGAUCCCUACACCAUGUUUUCACCAGAACAGAUUAUGGGAAAAGAUGUACGACUCCUUCAUAUAAAAAAGGAAGGAUCAUUAGACCUUGCAGUAGAAGGUGGCAUUGAUUCCCCAGUUGGAAAAGUAGUGGUGUCUGCUAUUUAUGAGGGUGGUGCUGCAGACAAGCAUGGAGGUAUUGUGAAAGGAGAUGAAAUAAUGGCUGUAAAUGGCAAGAUUUUAUUGGAUGCUAAGCUGGAUGAAGCUCGGGCAGCUCUUGCAAAAGCAUGGAUUGUGGGAGGGGAUUGGAUUGACUUGGUCAUUGCAGUGUCCCCCCCCAAGGAUUAUGAUGAUGAAAUGACAUUUUUUUAACAAAAUGAGAGAUACCCAAUACAUCUUUUGAAGAAAGCUACCAAUGAAUCAUCAUUCUUACCAAGCUACAAAUCUUGGUACAAAAAAGUACAAAAGAAGAACAGCAAACAAGAACAACACAAGAUAAUUCAAGUGGCUCAGGCCAAUAUGCUUUUACAACAAUAUAUCAUGUCAUUUCCUCCCAUAAGUUAUUACUGUUGCCCAGUUAUAUAGUAACAGCAUAUAGGCAAAAAUUCACUGUACAUGAUAAAAAAAACAAAUGCUAAUUUUAAAAUGAAGUGCAAUUCAUACAAAAUCUUAUAGUAACUGUCAUCAUUACAAUGGAGAGAGUCAUUUUUUCCGUAAGUAAUAUAUUCAUAGUCCCAUAUAUAACUGAACAGAAAUAAAGUGAAAUCAAUGGGACAUUUUCCAGAAAGUAUAGAAAUGAGUGGGGGGGGGGGGGGGUAAGAGAAUGAAAAAAAGAAAGAUAUGGCUGAAAUCAGUUCUAUAUUGUUUUGGGAAUUUUUUUGUCAGUUAUAAACUACCUUUCUGCAGAUUUUAUGGGGGAAAAAAUCUUUUGCAAUUAAUAAAAAAAAUCUGUCCAAUCUAUAUUCUCUGCAUAGGACAUAUUCUCUCCUAGGACUUAAAAUAUACUAUUGCAAAAUUACCAAGAAAUGUAGUGGGAUUUUUUUUCCUAUGCAAAUUCUAAUUCCAUUUUCUAAUUUUAAUAUUUUUUUAAAAAAAUAACUCAUCUCUGUAAAGAAAUUAACAUUAACUACUGCUAUCUUAGUAAUUAUUUGAUGACAUUUCAAUUAAUUAGAUCAACCAAGAAUCCUGUAGCAGCAAAACCCACAGAUUCCUAUUCAACCUUUAUCCCAACACCUAUUUAUCAGAAAUAAUAAACUUGGCACUGUUCUGAACAUGUUUGUUCCAUUCAUGAAAGAUUGAAGUUGCCAUGGAUGAUGAAUGAUGAAAAAAUGGUAUGAAUAAAAGGAGAGGAAUAAUAAAAAUGGCAUGGAGUAGGAAAAUAUCGGUCUCUAGUUGAAUAGGAACAAAAAUUGCAGGAAGAUUAGCUACAGUUCUCAGUUAGAAAAUUAGAAAAUACAAGUUGAACAGAGUGGUAGGCUAUAUUUCACUCCAGCAAUUCCGCUAGCAGAAUUUUUUUUAUUUUAAAAUUAUGCUUGUUUUAAGUCAGUCAACAAAAGAAGCUAAUUAUAAUUCCUAAAUUACAUUUGUAUAUAGUUUUCAGCAGAUUUCCUUUGGAUCAGAGCUGGAAAUCUGUUAAAGCUGUUCAUUGCUGGAAAGGGAAUUUUAAAGUGAUUAAAUAAUACACUGCUCCUAAAUUCAGCUAACUUCGCAAUCCAAGUUCUGGUAAAAUGAAUUAUACAAUUCAUGUGUCAGAUAAAUUAUACUAGUGAAAUUCUAUUGGUUCAUACAAGGGCAUCUGCAGAGGUUGUGGUAUAAAGUACUACCAUCAAGUAUUUGCCAUAUUUUAUGCUGGGUCAUCAAGUCACUGAACUACUUUAAUACUUAAAGAAGCAUUUGCUUGAUGAUGGCACUAUACAUGUAUCGCCAUUUUGGCAUAUUUACACUUUGCGGCAAAAACCAUUGCUCUGGUUAAAUCAAAUAAUUGCCACACAUGGAAACAAAUUUCUGUUUCUAUAGAUCGGUUUGUGAUAUUAUGGAUUACUUGCAUAGUAGUUUUUCAUAUAACACUGAGCCAAAAAAUAAUAAUUUCCAUUUUAAAAUGUGUGUAUUUAAUUGUAGAUGAUUAUUUAUAAUUUUCAGAUACCACAGAGUAUAAAUAUUUAAUUUUAAUGUGAACUACAUGUAUCAAAGUUUAUAUUCAUGAAAUUAUGUAAUAGAGAGGCAUUUUGAAAUCAAAGCCCUGGAAUCAAAACAAAUGUUCAUUAAAAGAAUCAUACAAAUUUAUUCUGAAUAUAAUUUUUGUAUUUGUGACCUCAAGACUGGACUACUGCAA